AUUUAUGUAUUUAAUAUAUAUACACAAUAAUUUUGUUUCACAAUAUUAUUGUUUAAAUAUACUUUUAGAUAAAAAGCAGAUAAUAUUUGUUGAUGAUCAAUGAACAUGGAAAUGGAAAAAGCCCAGCUUGAAAAAACUAUAGGUGAUUUAGUGAGUCACAUUAUGCCACCUUCAACUGCUACUGAUGUAUCAUCUUCAUCGACAACUACAGGGCCAUCUUCAUUGGCUUCUGCUGGGUCAUCUUUAUCGACUUCUGCUGAGCCCUCUACGUCUGCAAUUGCUGUGCAAACAACACCUGUUGUGUCUGAUCUAACAUAUGCUGCAUAUCAAGAAUAUAGGUCCCAGCACCAUGGUCCUUACUCCAAUAAAUCCUAUCUGCGAUGGGUAAGGAAUGGGGGUAGUGAUUCCCCUAGUUUUACAUGGACACAUGUGCCCCCAAACCCUGGUGCUGGGACAAGAAGAAGGAAUUACCGCAGAGGGCGUGGUCAGAGAAGAGGCGGUAGCAGUGGGGGAUUUGGAAACUUUUAUGUCUACAAUUCUUAAAGGUUUUCAAGUCCUCCACCAUAACCAAAAAAAGAAUUCUUAUUUCUUAUGUUAAAAAUAUUUAAAUUUACAAAAAGGUUUUCUUCUUUUUUGGUUUGCUUAUAUAUAACUAUAAAGUUGUUUUUUUACAUUUUUGAACAUAGUAAAAAG